GGCAUAAUUAGCAUCAUUCAGUCUAUUUACGUUAUGGGUUUUCACUUCGAGUCUUCUUUUCAUUUCCACAGUUCUCCUUCCAUGUGUCAUUUGUGCCGCUUAUAUUUAUCUCUAAAUCAUUGUGAUUACACAUAAGCGUAGACAACUACUCCAUCUUCCCAAACUUGCACUCUGCAGUCACAACUCAUAAUCUCAUACCGUUGGUAUGUUGAAUGAUCACAGGGCUGGCACCAGCCGUGAACAAGAAGAUGAUGAUCACGGUGACGACGAGAUAAUCCGGGAUAUCCACACCAUGACACCACCUCAUCCUCCGCAGGCUGCUAAUCGUGGCCGUCAAAGAGAAGCAGCUUGGGAAACUGGCAGCCACAGGUCAUCGCCUCUGUCCAUGGCUAGUACUGAAGGUGCUUCUAGUGAGAAUUUCACUACCAUGAGUAGAGAAUUCAGUGCUCUAGUGGUUGCAGGGUCAACAAUUGCGAAUAGUAGUUAUAGUAACAAUGAUAUGAAUGAUAGUACUGUAAAUAGUUCUGGAGACAACAACUUGGGAUUGGGAAGGAUUAGAGAGGAGGACAAUAUGCCGGAGGAGACCAACCCCUUGGCUAUAGUACCGGAUAAUUAUCACUCUUUGGACCCAAUUGCUUCUCCAAGAAGUACUGGGGCUAACAACAUGGCUGGCUCUUCUUCAUCAAGCUUGAUUGGCACUAAUCAAGGGUCUCAAGGUGAGAUUUCUGUGCAUAGGGUCAAGAAGGAAGAGGUGGAAUCCAAGAUAUCGGCGUGGCAGAACGCAAAGAUUGCCAAGCUUAACAACAGGUUUAAGAGGGAGGAUGCUAUUAUUAACGGGUGGGAAAGUGAGCAGGUUCAGAAAGCUUCUUCAUGGAUGAAGAAAGUUGAGAGGAAAUUGGAAGAGAAAAGAGCAAGGGCCUUAGAGAAGAUGCAAAAUGAUAUAGCCAAAGCUCGCAGAAAAGCAGAGGAGAGGAAGGCGUCGGCUGAGGCUAAGAGAGGCACAAAAGUGGCAAGGGUUCUUGAAAUAGCCAAUUUAAUGAGAGCUGUUGGAAGAGCACCUGCCAAGAAGUCCUUCUUCUAAGCCUUGACAUAUUUCAUAUUCAGGGAAACUAUAUGCCCCAGAAACAUAUACAAGGACCUUUUCCUUUUGAAAAGAGGCACCCUAUAUGAAAUGGGGCAGUGAAGAGUGGCAUCAAAGGAGAUGAUCAAACUAUGUAUUUUGAGUGUUUUUGAUUGAUUGGUCUUUCUGGGUGUUUUAAGUGUUGGAAUUUUGGAUGGUAUUGUUAGCUAAGAUAGAGAGGUGAAGAAAACUUUUGGGUCUUGUACAGUAAGUGCCUAAAGAAGUAAUGCCUGUCUUCACAUUUAUGAAAUGGUAUGGUAUAUUGUACUAUUUCUCAUGAGUUAAUUGAACUAUUUCCUUAUGUAAUCAGCUAGACAGGAUGCUCGUAUUCAAAUGGAACUACACAUUUCUACCACCA